AUGCUUGAUAAUGUGGAGAAUAUUCAUCAUUUCAUCAACUCAACUUGGAGACUAUGUGCUCAUCUAGGUUGUUGGGUUUCUGGGUUAAUUUCAAAACCUAACAAAGAAGUGGUUGGCUCAAUUUCUAGGUUGGCCGAGGAAAGAGAAAAUUGUUAUCUAGAUUCCAUGGAUAUUGCGUAUAUAGAUAUUAGUUCGUCGGAUGAUGAGUUGGAAAUAUUGGAUUCUGGGAGAAUUCUUCCAUCUUGGGCUGCUUUUGAAAGGAAUUCAGAUUCAAGAAGGGCAAAUGGAAACACAAGUCAGCAUCAGACAGUAAAUUCCCGAAUUUCUAAUUCUCAUGGUACCGAUUAUGAAAAAAUGUCAUCUCAACAAGCUCUCAAGAGGACCCUGCCAUCAUCUUUUCAACCUGGUCCUAGCAAUGGAAACACAAGUCAGCAUCAGACAGUAAAUUCCCGAAUUUCUAAUUCUCAUGGUACCGAUUAUGAGAAAAUGUCAUCUCAACAAGCUUUCAAGAGGACCCUCCCAUCAUCUUUUCAAUCAUCUGAAACAAGGGCUUUUCCACCUUCAUCGUUUGCACCUAAUAACAGAGUAAGCAACUUAAGUAGCAGUCAGCUUCAUGAUGCAUACAGGAGUCGUCACCAUGGAGUAGGACCUAGCACGUCCGGUGAGAAGGGCUUUUUUCAUGACAAUUUUGGCAGAGGCAAUGAUGGAGAUCGUUUCAUGAAUCAGAACGGUGGGACCAGAGCUCUUCCUCCAUCUCUGAUGAUUGGAAAGGCAAUAACUCCACCAUUUGCUAGUUCUAGUGAAUCAGCAUACCGUUCUGGAAUAGGGGAUGAAAGGGCUCCUGAAACUGAUGAGAGACUAAUUUAUGAAGCAGCAUUACAGGAUAUCAGUCAACCAUUAAAAGAAGCCGAUUUACCUGCUGGCAUAAUGGCUGUCCCUCUUAUGAGACAUCAGAAAAUUGCAUUGGCUUGGAUGCUUCAGAGGGAAAAUAGGAGUUUGCAUUGCUUGGGGGGGAUUUUGGCUGAUGAUCAGGGCCUUGGAAAGACAAUUUCAACAAUUGCUCUCAUCCUAAUGCAAAGGCAGUCACAGAUAAAAUGGAAAACAGAUGAUACAUGCAACCAUAAAGCUGAAGCCUUGAAUUUGGAUGAUGAUGAUGAUAAUGGUAGUAUUGAUGUGGAAAAGCUUAAAAAUGAUGAAGAAUCCAUUGAUACAAAACCUAUUAUUGAACCGAGUAGUUCAACACGGGCCCCAAGUAGGAAAAGGCCUUCUGCUGGUACAUUGGUUGUCUGCCCUGCAAGUGUUCUUCGGCAGUGGGCCAGAGAGCUUGAAGAGAAAGUUGGAGAUGAAAAGCUUUCUGUUUUGAUCUUUCACGGGGGCAGUAGGACAAAGGAUCCUGUUGAACUUGCAAAAUAUGACGUGGUUCUCACAACAUACUCACUUGUGACUAAUGAAGUUCCCAAGCAACCUUUAGUUGAGGAUGAUGAUAUUGAUGAAAAAGAUCGCGAAAACUUUGGCUUAUCCUCUGAUUUUUGUGUCAAAAAAAAGAGGAAAAAGACAUAUAAUGGAAGUAAGAAGGGUAAAAAAGGUAAAAAGGGAAUAGACGGUUCUUCUUUCGAUAAUGCUUCUGGCGCUCUUGCAAAAGUAGGUUGGUUUAGGGUUAUUCUAGAUGAAGCUCAAACAAUAAAGAAUCAUAGGACUCAGAUGGCCAGAGCUUGCUCCAGCCUUAGAGCCAAAAGAAGGUGGUGCUUGUCUGGCACGCCUAUUCAGAAUACUAUUGAUGAUUUAUAUAGCUAUUUUAGGUUUCUGAAGUAUGAUCCUUAUGCUGUGUAUAAAUCAUUCUACAAUACAAUAAAAGUCCCAAUAUCCAGAAAUUCAAUUCAAGGUUACAAAAAACUUCAAAUAGUUCUGAGGACUAUAAUGCUACGUCGAACAAAAGGAACUUUGCUUGAUGGCAAGCCGAUAAUUACUUUACCUCCUAAAACAAUUAAUUUGAGUAAGGUGGAUUUCUCGUGUGAAGAGCGGGCCUUCUACAAGAAGUUGGAAGCUGAUUCACGUUCUCAAUUUAAGGCAUAUGCGGCUGCUGGCACAGUGAAUCAAAACUAUGCAAAUAUUCUUUUAAUGCUUUUACGUCUCCGUCAGGCUUGUGAUCACCCACUUCUUGUUAAAGAAUACAACUCUGAUCCUGUUGGAAAAGAUUCUGUCGAAAUGGCAAAAAGGCUUCCAAAAGAGAUGUUGAUAAAUCUGUUUAAUUGUCUGGAAACAACUGCCGCUAUAUGUUGUGUCUGCAAUGAUCCACCCGACGACGCUGUUAUUUCGAUGUGUGGUCAUGUCUUCUGUUAUCAAUGUGUAUCAGAACAUUUGACAGGUGACGAAAAUAUGUGCCCUGCAAAUCAUUGUAAAGAACAAAUUGGCGAAGAUCUUGUUUUCUCCAAAGCAACUUUAAGGAGUUGCAUCUCUGACGAUCUUAGUGGCAGUAGUUCUGGAAGUUCGAGCCUUGUUGAUUAUUCAAUAGUACAAAAUAGUGAUUACAGCUCAUCUAAGAUCAAAGCCGUCCUUGAAGUUCUGCAGUCAAGUUGCAGAUUGAAGGCUAAUUCUAGCAACAGAUAUUCACCGCCUUCUGAUGAUUCAGAUAUUGAAGAUUUUGAUUCAGAUGUCAAGGUUACAAAAGUCACAAGAAAUUAUUCAGAGUGCACAACUGGUGGACCGCUAAAGGCUAUAAUUUUUUCUCAAUGGACUACCAUGUUGGACUUAGUUGAGACAUCAAUGCAACAGUCUGGCAUAAAAUACAGGAGACUUGAUGGUAGGAUGACUCUGACUGCGAGGGAUAGAGCUGUUAAGGAUUUCAAUACAGAUUCUGAGAUUACUGUUAUGCUGAUGUCUCUAAAAGCAGGAAACCUUGGUUUGAAUAUGGUUGCUGCAUGUCAUGUUAUUCUUUUGGAUCUUUGGUGGAAUCCAACUACUGAAGAUCAAGCUAUUGAUCGAGCUCAUAGAAUUGGACAGACUCGUCCCGUUACUGUGACACGGAUCACCAUAAAAGAUACAGUUGAAGAUAGAAUACUGGCUCUUCAGGAUGAAAAAAGGAAAAUGGUGGCAUCUGCUUUUGGUGAAGACCAUGCUGGCGGUUCUGGAACUCGGCUUACAGUUGACGAUCUUAAAUAUCUUUUCAUGGUAUAG